CCUGUGAGAAGUUCCUUCGAGCAUGGCGGCUACACGCAGAUUGGGAAAGGAACUCUCAGAAAUCAGAGGUUCUAGUCAGAAAAUAUUUCGUAAUAUUACGGUAGACGAGUGCAAUAUUCUAUACUGGCAAGGGUUAAUCAUACCGGAUCAGCCACCCUACAACAAGGGAGCUUUUAGGAUUGAGAUUAAUUUUCCUGCAGAAUAUCCUUUUAAGCCUCCAAAGAUUACAUUUAAGACGAAGAUUUAUCAUCCCAACAUUGAUGAAAAAGGUCAAGUAUGUUUGCCAAUCAUCAGCCCAGAAAACUGGAAGCCAGCAACAAAGACAGAUCAAGUUAUUCAAGCUCUUGUGGCACUUGUUCACUCACCUGAACCAGAGCAUCCUCUCCGUGGAGAUCUAGCAGAGGAGUAUACGAAGGAUAAGAAAAAGUUCAUGAAGAAUGCUGAAGAUUAUACCAAGAAAUAUGCUGAAAAGAGACCCUCAGAGUGACCCCUUGUUAUAAAUACUUGACUGUUAAUUCUAGAGACACAAUGAUGUCAAAAUCUAGCUUUUGGCAUUGUAAUUUGUAUAUCCAUUGCUAAAGAUGCUUUUCUGUAGUAACAGAUAUUAGUAGUAGUCUUUUAUGUUUGUAAUAGUCUGCUGGCUAACUUUUAUCUCUUAUCAACCAAAUGUAUUCACUGGUAAUAUCUCUGGCUCUCAUUUGAAAAAAUAUUCAUAUCUUUUCUGGAUUAGGCGCAAACUGAUAUUUCCCAUCCAUGGAUAAUUUUGCAUGUAUGAUCUAUGAGGGAAUUAGGUGAUUUCUUGUCACUGCUGUAUACAAUGUUUUCUUCUCCAGAAAUUUCAAGUGAAAGAAACUAAUAUAAGUUGUUGGUUCUCUUUUUAGUUACCUUUUGAUAGACUCUCAAGUGAAAAAAAAAUAUUUUGAUUGGUGCUUUCCUUAACAUCAAAGGGAUUAUGCAGUGGAUGUAAAGGAAAACCAAAGCUGUCUGAAAUCAAACUUGACAUUGCUGUCAACAUUUGCCUAUAUAUGGGUAAGAGGGGUAAAACCCCACACUGAAAUCAAAUUUCAAUUACACUCUUUCUUGGUACUUAAAGUUGUAUAGUGGUUUGCUUUGUCUCCUCUGUGUAAAGUGUACAAGGAAUAUAUCGCCUCUCUGGUCCUUCAUCGCCAUAGAGAGAGUUUUAACUUUGAGGUUUGGUUUGCAAUUUAGACAAAGUGAUUGUACCAAGAAAGUUGAGUCACAUGGUUCUAUAACUAUGAUGGCUGUGGCAAAUUUUGGUGUACCAGAAGGUGCCACGUUUCAAUGGAGUGUUCAUGUGAUCAGACCUUAACCCUUUACACUCUAACAUCAGUAUGCAUAUUCUCCAUACUGUUUUCUAUACAAUUUCUAAGGUGCUGACAAAGAGAAUUUGUUUAUCAAUCAAGAGAAUAUUUAAUUGGUGAUCAUUUCCUUUAUUCUCAUGACCUUACUGUGUGAUAUAGCGGUUAUAAUGUUGGGAGAAAUUAGAUGCUUGUCACUCUCAGGGUUGAAGGGUUAAGGGUCAAAAUGUUCUUCAUUGGUGACUUGUUCUUCCUCCUAAAAGCCACAAUCUUUUGUAUCAAGGACUUUGACGUAACCCUUAACUCUCCUUAGUCAUCUCGAUAUGGGUUUUUUAUCAAAUUCAUGAGAAACAGUUGACUUUCAGAGCUAGCCUAGAGAUGUAAAUGGCUAAGGUUUUUGUGUUGUGAUUGAUGGGAGAUUAAACAUAUCUAAGUAUGAUUGUACACAGCACUGCUAUUAGCUGAGUUUUCUGUUUAGAGAUGGUAGCCAGUGUGUGAUAUGUUCAAGUUGUUUGUAUAUUGCACUGUCACUCAGACACUCAAACUCUCAUGUAGCCUUAAGUGUUUUCGAUUUUUGAAUUAAAGAUUGACCCAGUUUUGUUGAUAA